AUGUGGCACCCACUGGUCCUAUUGCUGCUGCUCCCCUCUGCCUUGAUGCCCCCCUCCACUGCAGCCCCGAUCCGCGAUGGUGACGCCCAGGAGAGCUCCUUGGGUUUUCUAGGUCUCGAGAGUCUGCUCCAAGGCUUCAUCCGGCUUUUCCUGAAACCCCAGGAUGACCUGCUGCGGGUCAUGGACAGCUUCUUCUCUGCUCCUAUGGACUUCCAGGGCCUCCCUAGGAACUACCACUAUGAAGAGAACCAGAAGCACAGGCUGGGAGACAAAACUCUCUCCGGCCACCUCCAGAUUGACAAGGUGACCAACAGUGAGACAGGAGAGGUGCUGAUCUCUGAGAAGGUGGUGGCAUCCAAUGAUCCAGGAGAGGGGAGCUUGCAGGGUGACUGGAAGGUACCCAAGAAAGAGGAGAAGGAGGCCCUUGUGCCUGUCCCAAAGGCCAUGGACAGCUUCCACCCGGAACCCCACCCUCGAAUGGCCUUCUGGAUCAGGAAGCUGCCACGGCGGAGGUCCCACCAGGAUGCCCAGGAGAGCGACCACUGGCUCAGUGAGAAGCGACACCACCUGCAGGCCAUCCGGGAUGGGCUCCGAAAGGGUACCCGCGAGGACGUCCUCGAAGAGGGGACCCAGAGCUCCUCUCAUGCCAGGCUGCCUGCCCUCAAGACCUACUUCCUGUGUAUCCUCAGGCCUGCCCAGCAGUUAUAG